GGCGCAGCUAUCUCAUCUCAUACAUAUUAGUCUUAAUAUAUUUUGACGUCCGUAUUAUCAUAAUAUUCGACUAAGGAUAUUUUAGAUCUAGUCUCUAUAUUUGUAAUAGACUCACAAUUAGAACAUCGUAGUUCUUAACUAUGUUACUAGAGCACUAAUCUAUGGACUGAAGUUAUGUCUAAAGUACACGAGAUUAUUUAAACAUUCAUCAAAGCCUUUAUUCUUGAAAUAAUCCAGAUACAAAUCAUAAGUUGGCCUCUAGGGCCUACAUAUAUUCAAAAACAUAAUAAUAAAAAAUAUCCAUGGAGGAUUGGGGUCAGCAAGCUAUAUCAUUACUGCAGGAUACCGCGUACGACUGGUGGAAACGGUUUAUGUCUAGGGUGUGGUCAGGUCACUUUCGGAAGGACUGUCCGACGAACCUCGACGAGACUUUUUCUGCAACACUAGGGGUGUUGACUACUCCCACUACCCGACAGGCUGAGCUUGCUCAGAGUCAUCGUACCAUGGCUGCAUCUAACCAGCCGAGGAGGCCAGCGCCAAACCAGGAGCAAGGUCGAGCACCAACUCGUACUGAUCCUCAGGCAAAUGAUGUCAUCAUGAAGAAAAACCCAAAACCGAAAGAAGGUAGAAAAAAUGAUAACCUACCUAAUAAAAGGAAGAAAAUGGAUGCGUCUGAGAUCUUUGCAUCACAACGGCGGCAUGCUUGGCCCGUGCAAGACGAAGAUGGUGUUUACGACCUCACCUUGGGAGAGCAUCAGAAUCCUGUGUACAAACAAGAGCAGAAACCAUAUAUAUUCCCAGACAGUGACUGUAGAAACACAGAGAUCAAGAAAGAGACCAAGGAAAGGGAAGUUAGCGUCAGUACUUGUUCGGAGGGGUGGGGCUGCCGGCGCUGGAGCUGGAGGGGUGGGGCUGCCGGUGCUGGAGGGGUGGGGCUGCCGGCGCUGAAGCUGGAGGGGUGGGGCUGCCGGCGCUGCUAUGCUCUCGACGGAGAAGAAGGACGUGGAAUUGGAGUUGUCCGAAUUCUGUCGCUUGUGGAGGUUGAAGUGGGAGAAGGGAGAUUUGAGAAUUUUGGGGAAGAAGGAAUGGCGACUUCUUCCUUCAAAUCUACUUCCAAACGGGGAACCAGGAACACCAGAAAUGAUAAUUCCAAGGAAUACCCCACUCCCACUUCUUCUUCCUCCUCCUCCUCCAAGCCGCUCCGACGGAGAUCCCUAAGCAUUAGCGCCGUUUCUAGGAUCUCUAGACAAGAUGCUUCGUCGGAGUUUUCUAACAAGCGAGAUAAUCCAUUGUUCUGGACCUCGAAUAUUUCGCCCAGUGACCAGGAUGAAAACAGGAAAGUUGGAAAUGAAAAAGAAAAGGAGACGUCUCUUUUUGAUGGAUUUAGUAAAGGUAAAGUUGCUCGUGAUUCUGCAAUGUCCAUGUCCACCAAUAGAGAGGUUGACAACAGAGGGCGAUCGACUACAAGAAGCUCUAGGGAUAUCAGGAAUGGGAUUGGACGGAGCCUUUCCCGUGUACGUGGCCGGCCUGUGUCUAGGGGCCGCUAUGGAUCAGCUAAUGAGAAUGAAAUGGAGCAUGAUCCCCUUUUAUUAAAAACUAUUAAUCAAAGAAGAGAGCUAAGACAUGUUGCCAAAAGUUCCAUAGGAUCUGCACUAGUUGAAAAGGAUACAGUUACACAUGAUCGGGUAAGUGGCUCAAAAAUAGCAGCACUCCAAAGUCAACACAAUGAGCUUUCAGAAGAUGAUUCUAAUUAUAGCAUACACAAUUCAACUGGGGAAGAUGGAAUUUCAAUAAGUUCUUUUUCUGAAGCAGAUGAUAAAAUCAUCCAAACUUCUGAGCAGGUAAUGCGAAGGGACAAUGUUAAUAACAUUUCAACCUAUAGUGCUGCGGAUAUUCCUCCAAAUUUGAAUCCUGAGGCUGUUGACUUAGUUUUAAGCAUUAGAAAGGAAUAUUGUAGAAAACUUGAGGAGUCUCAAGAAAGGACUAGACAGCUGAAAGCAGAUUUGGCGGUAGAAGAGCAUCACGGGCAGGAGCUAAAUAGAAUUCUCAAGGAGAUAGUACCUGAUUCACGGAAAUUCAUUUCUCCCCAGAGAACUCGGAUUGCAAGAAGAAGGAGCAAUGAAAGAAAAAAGAUGUCGCAGCGCCUUACUGAAGAAGCAAUGGCAUACUUUGAUCAUUUUGAUGAAUGUGUAUCAACAUCAACUUUUGAUGGUUCUGACUUCUCAGCACCUGAAGAUCCACCUCACAGUUCAAUUGGAGCAACCUCCUCAGACUGCAAGAGUCUAGUGGAACCCCACGAAAGUAUGGAAGGUUUUUCUCGCAAUACGAAGAUAUCCUGCGGCAUUAGUAAGUUAUCUUUCAUGCACGAAUCGCCGAAACAUCCUGAAGUGGAUGAUGACAUUAGGAGAUGUAUUAAGCUUUUUGAAAGAGAGACAGUCACAAGUGAAAUCAAUGCCGAAACGGUCGCAUCACAUUGUGAUGAUGCAAGUGCAUACAAAUUGAUAGGACACAUAGAGAGCUUGUGGUUUCAUCAGGUGGUUUACAACAAAAGAAUAGAUUCUGGGGGUUUGCUCCUUUGUGGCGGGGGCAUUGCGGUUGCUGGUUUUCCCUUUGGGUCUUCUUCCAUUUGAAGAGUCAAUGAUUUAAACUGUGAAGGUAUUUUUUUUUUUUUACAUUUUAAGGAAAAUGAAAAGGUAUAUAGAUCAUAGGGAUAUUAGAGUGUUCAACUGUCCAUGGAACAACUACACUCGAAUUUAUGCAUUAUUCACUAGUUACAUGUCUAUGGGCCUGUUUGGGAAUAGCGUUAGAGAAUAGCGUUAGCGUUUUGAAUAAAAUUUUAACAGUGUA